UUUAUUUUGAAAGUAAUGGGGAAAUUCUUUGAAUUCGUUAUAUUGGCAUUUUUAUCUUUUUUCUUGUUGACAACUAAGGCUUGGUCACAAGAACAAGAGCCCCAAGUUCCUUGUUUUUUCAUAUUUGGGGAUUCACUUGUUGACAAUGGCAACAACAAUGGGAUACUUACUCUUGCUAGGGCCAAUUACAUGCCUUAUGGCAUAGAUUUCCCACAAGGCGCCACUGGUCGUUUUACUAAUGGUCGUACUUAUGUCGAUAUUUUAGCUCAACUUCUUGGCUUUUCCAACUAUAUCCCUCCCUAUUCAAGAGUUCGUGGUCGAGCACUAUUAAGAGGAGCAAAUUAUGCAUCAGGAGCUGCAGGAAUUCGAGAUGAAACGGGAAAUAACUUGGGAGAUCAUAUGUCAAUGAACCAACAGGUAGAAAACUUUGCAAGAACUGUUGAGGAGCUGAGGAGAUUAUUCAGAGGAAAUAACAACGCAUUAAAUGGCUAUUUGAGCAAAUGUAUUUUCUACUCAGGAUUGGGAAGCAAUGACUAUCUCAAUAAUUACUUCAUGACUGAUUAUUACUCAACUCAUUCACAGUACACACCACAAGCCUAUGCUACUGCACUUCUUCAAGAUUAUUGCAAACAACUAUCGGAAUUAUAUAACUUAGGAGCUCGGAAAGUUGUGGUAACAGGAGUAGGACAAAUAGGAUGCAUACCCUAUGAGCUAGCAAGGUAUGAUGGAAAUGACAGCAGAUGUAAUGAAGAGAUCAACAAUGCUAUUCUCCUCUUUAACUCUGGACUCAAAAAGCUGGUUGUUCGUUUCAAUAAGGUUUUGCCUGGAGCAAAGUUUGUCUUCUUGGAUUCCUUUGAAAGCACCAAAGAUCUUGUAGUCAAUGCAAAAACUUAUGGAUUUGAAGUGGUGGAUAAGGGAUGCUGUGGAGUGGGAAGGAACAAUGGGCAGAUAACAUGUCUUCCUCUACAACAGCCAUGUGAAGAUCGUUCCAAAUAUAUAUUUUGGGAUGCUUUUCAUCCCACUGAAGUUGCAAAUAUUAUCUUGGCCAAGAAAUCAUUCAGCUCCAUCUCAAAGACAUUUGCUUAUCCUAUAAAUAUACAGCAAUUAGCUAGGCUCUAAUUUUAAUGACUACAUGUUUGAAUUGUUAGGUCCUUGUCUUUGGAGUGCUUAGCUUCAUUUGGUUUUUGUUUUUCUCUCAGAAUUGUCUUUUGCUAUUGAAUUUCAAUAUAUUAAGGUCAUGUACUCAAUAACAUUCAACUCCCUAAUGAAUUGUGUCUCUUUUGAA